GCGGCGUCGAGCAUCUCCUCGUCAUCUUCCUCCGUUUCCCUCCCUUCCCUUCAUAAGCGGGUCUCUGUCCCUGGUCCCCACUUCCCCCGGCGCCCAGCGCGCUCCGUCUCCCCGUGCGCCCAGCCCAGCCCAGCCCGGCCGGACUGUCUCCAUGGCCGCAGGCGACUACCGGUGCAACCAGACCGUGCGGCUCGAAGCGGGCCAGUCGGUGCUGCCCAGCUCGUUACUCUUCGCGGCGGGGCUGCUGGGCAACGUGCUGGCGCUGGGGCUCCUGUGGCAGCACCACCUGAAGGCGAAGUUGCAGCGCGGCGAAGGGCGUCCGCGGGCGUCCGCCUUCUACCUCCUGGUGAGCGCCCUGACCGCGACGGACUUGCUGGGCAAGUGCUUGCUGAGCCCCAUCGUGCUGGCCGCCUAUGCGCACAACCGCAGCCUCCUCGACCUGUGGCCGCCCGCCGCAGCCACCGAAGUCAGCCACCCCGGCGAGGAACCGCUGCGCUCCUCCGGCAAGCUGUGUCAGCUGUUCGCCUUCCUCAUGGCUUUCUUCGGCCUAGCGUCCACCAUGCUGCUGCUGGCCAUGGCCCUGGAGUGCUGGCUCUCGCUCGGCCACCCUUACUUCUACGAACGCCACGCCAGCAGGCGCUGGGGCGCGCUGCUGACCGGCGCGGCGGCCGCCCUGUGCGCUCUCUUCUGCGCGCUGCCGUUCCUGGGCUUCGGCAGCAACGUUCAGUACUGCCCGGGCACGUGGUGCUUCAUUCGCAUGGCCGGCGGGGGACGGAUCUAUUCGGUGCUCUACGCCAGCCUGCUGGGCGUGCUGGUGCUCGCCGUCGGCCUGUGCAAUCUGGGCAGCAUGAGGAGUCUCUACCGGAUGGCGCGCCGCCAGCCCCCGCGCAGGACCCACCUGACGGAUCUGCAGGGCGCAGCUGCGCCUCUCCGGCCCCCUUGCGCCAGGCGCACCGAGGAGCUGGGCCAGUUAGUGUUGCUGGCGCUCAUGACCGCCCUUUUCACCAUCUGCUCCCUGCCGGUGAUCAUCCGAGCUUACAUUGGAGCCUUUGCCCCAGAUGCAGAUGAGGCAGCAGAUCUUACAGCCCUCCGAUUUUUCUCUGUGAACUCCAUUGUGGACCCCUGGGUCUUCAUCAUUUUUCGGACAUCCAUAUUUCGCAGUUUUCUCCAGCGGUUUUCUAGGAGGCUGAGUUUGAAGAAGGAUCUGCAUUCUCAGCUCCUGGAAACUUGGCAGAGGAAAGAAUCCAAUACCAUAAAAUAAAUGGGCUGGAGCUGGAGAUGAUGCAACUGGACUUCUUUUUGUGGCACAUCAUGGUCUUCAAAGCCAACGUGUUGCAAGUCAAUGUUUAUUAAGGUUGAAGGAAAGGACCAAGAUAACUCUGUGGUACUGGCUAUACCUUCAUUUGUUACUCUGUUCCAGAUUUGGUGCUUCUUGAAAAACCCAAGUUGCAGCUGUCAAAGGACUCAUUCACAUUAACAGCUUACUUGACCAGUGGGGUCCAUUUGCACAGAAGCAUUCCAAGAUUUGCUUAAGUCCAAAUAUUCUGCCAGAGAUACUGGCCACCUUGAGUUCCAACUACUUUUCCUACCCAAUCUGUGUGAUUUAAAUGAUUAAAACUUGAGAAGGAGAAGAGGAACUUUCUCCUUAUGUGUGAACCCCACCAUGCCUAGUCAUAGGAGCAGAUACUGACUGACCAACAAUGGGAACUCACAGAAGACAGGGCAAGAAUAUGGAAUAGAAAAAGCUGCUAUACACAUUCUUUCUCCACCCCGUUGCUCUCUGUGGUGGAUUUGUGACAGGUUGUCAAGCCUAGCCCAAAGAACUCCUGGAGACCAUGCAGGUUCAAUCAGCAAGGUUUAUUAGCCAGCG